AUGUCCAGCUACCAGUUCCCUCCCUCGUCUCCGUUGAGGAGCAUCGAUGACUACGACUCGCACCUGGCCAAGAACCCCCACGAAGAGUUGAGAGGAAGAGCAGCGUAUCCCACUCCCAACCCUUCGUCGUCUCUCUUCAGAUCAUCCUCGCCAGUGGGCGAGUUGGCUGAGGGUGACGUCGAGGCUGUGCCAGCAGGUGUGCCUGGCAAGAAGGUGACGUUUGCGUUGACCAGUCCGUUCGCCAAAGUUAACAUCAACUCCGACUUCAACGUGCUCAAUCCUGACGCCUCGGUGUUGCGGGUGCCCUUGGUGGGCACCCAGAGCAAGAUCACGGUGGGCAGGUCGUCCAAAUCGUGUGACUUCUACUUUGGGUCCAGCGACAAGAACGUGUCGCGUCAGCACGUCUCGGUGUGCUACGACUCGGAACAGUUGGUGUUGACGUGCUUGGGCCGCAAUGGGUUGGCUAUCCGCAUCCCUCGUCCCUGCUACGUGUUUGCCACCAACUCCAAGGACAACUACAUCGUGACUGAGAACAGAUCGGGGACUCCCCUCGACAUCGAGGCGUUGCAACGUUCCCACAAGACCAUCCGCAUCGACGACAACCACACCGAGUUCACCCUCAACAGGCUGGAAACCAUCACCCUCCCCCGCUUCAACAACAUCUUGCUUGAAAUUAACCAGCACAUCAUGUUGUUGAACCCCUACGACCUUGAAGAAGACUUGACCGACGACGAAAUGCCUACCUUGAUCUCCAGAUCCGCCUCCCCAGAGGCCCUACCAGUGGUGACCCCUGUCAAGGCCCCCAUAGAGCACUUUCCCCAGCCUAGAACUCCGUUCAAGAAUGACGCCAAAAAAGAAGAGUUGACGAAGUCCAACGAAAUCACCCCCAGCAAGCCCCCAGUGAUCAAGGCGGAGUCUAUUCCAGUCCAAUUGGAGAUUCCACAGCCCAAACCUUCCAAAACUUUCAAGAUCUUUGAGGACCAACCUGCUACCGAAGAACGUGCAGCCCCCAUCAUGAGACAGUCGACUCCAUUAAAUGACAAGUCGAAUACCUUCAGCAACCCUACUACCCCCAAGAGAAAAGCACAGUCAGAAGAGCCACCUAAGCAAAGAAAGAAGAAGAUACAAGAGAGCCAAAAGGUCGAGAUAAAUCAAGAAUGGGUGGAAGGUUUGGAGAACGUCUCUGAGAUCAAUAACAUUUUGAUCAAUCACUUAGCCUUCUCACGUCUUUCAUCGACGCCAGGAUCUUUCCUUAAGACUAUAAGUGCCUUGACUUCAAACUUGACCUUGAGACAAAUACGGGUACUCUUGCACAACAUCGAAUGUAUUGGGGUUAUCUACAGACAAGGAAAGGACGCUGCAGGCAAGCCGUUGGAAGAAGAAUAUUACUACAUGCCAGAGAAUGACAGCGACUCCCACAGAACCGGCUUGGUCUCCAGCAUUAAGGGCAGUACCGGGUUAAGAUCUUGCAGAAGAACCCACAAACAAUACUACUGGAAAAAACCUGCCCCAAUCAAGAAGUAA